CGGGCUCUCUGGUCACCAUAGUGACAAGACGCCAUGCAGCAGCAGGCCUACUAGAACCUGUAGCUGGUAAAUGUAUUAUGGUAGCUACCGUUCAUUACUCUUCGUCCUUUAUCACAGAAGUCCAUUUUUUUCCAUCGACAUUUUACGCAGUUGGUUUUAAGCUACUUCCAACUAGCUGUUAGUGCAACUCCAGCAGGAGGCUGACUCUGGCUGGCAGUGUUGGAAAUGCCUUUGCUGGUGACAGACUACUCAUGGACGCAGACAGACUCGACGGUUUAUAUAAAUGUGCCUUUAAAAGGAGCGAAAGCCGUGAAGGUGGAUAUUCUGUGUACAGACGAGUACCUGAAGGUGCAUUUCCCACCAUAUCUGUUUGAAGCCGUCCUGUCUGAACCUGUAGAUGAUGACAGAAGCACAGCAAAGAUUGGAAAUGGAGUUGCAGUCAUCAGUUUGCAUAAGAGGACCAACAAACUGUGGGAGCAGCUGAUGAUAACCACAAAUGAUAAAGAAAAAAAGAAGGUGAUCAGAGAAAGAGCUCUGCUGAAACACCAGGAGAAGCUUGCUGCAGAGUCCAAAGCCAAGGCAGAGAAACAGCAUACAGAGAAGAAAUAUGCUCUGGAGACAAUGAUGAAGCUUGAAAAGGAGGAAAGAGAGAGGAUCCAGAAAAUGAAGGACACUGAGCGAGAGAGGACCACAGCAGAGCUGGAAGCAUGGCAGCUGAAGCAGAGAGAAAAAGCAGAGGAAGAAGCCCAACUAAAACUCCAAAGUCAAAGAGGUGAUCAAGACAAGGUGAAAGCCGUGACAGAAAAGCAUGAGAACGGAUGUUCAGGCGGGAGAAAGGUCAAACUUGAUGGAAGGGGCAGCAGUGAAGCAAAGAGCAAGAAAAAACACGUGGAUCUGCCUCCUCCAAGAGUCUCUGGAAAUAUUCAAGUCACAUUCACCCCACGGGUUUUCCCAACAGCCCUCAGAGAGUCCAGAGUGCCAGAGGAGGAAGAGUGGCUCAAAAAACAAGCAGAAGCCAGAUGUGCAGUGAAUGCAGAUGUUAAUGAGCUGAAGGACCUGAAGGAGGAGGAGAGGAAUCCAGAUUGGUUAAAGGAGAAAGGAGACAAAUGUUUUGCGACUGGAAACUACCUGGCUGCAGUGAACGCCUACAACCUGGCUAUCAGACUCAACAGAAAGAUUCCAGCUCUGUAUUCAAACAGAGCUGCGUGUCAUCUGAAGUUAAGAAACCUUCACAAGGCCGUUGAAGAUUCCUCUCAGGCUCUUGAACUGUUGACUCCACCUGUUGCUGCCAACGCAGGUGCCAGAGCCAGAGCCCAUGUGCGCCGAGGCUCCGCUCUCUGCAAGCUGCAGCUCCAUGCAGAAGGGCUCCAAGACUACCAAGCAGCUCUGAAGAUUGACCCUCACAAUGAAGCGCUGCAGGCAGACACACAAAGAAUCAGGGACAUUAUACAAGGCACUGCAGCUGACCCUGAGACACAGUGAGACACAGCAGAUGGACAUAUCUCAUAUGGAUGUUUAUUGUUUGUUAUUUUUCUGUUACACCAGGGUUUAAUAAAUGAUCACACACAACAAAAAGCUGCAACAUGUCUCUAACUAUAGAGUCAAAUGUUAUGGUUUAAUCCCUGCCAGAACCAGGGUGAGGCAGGCACCAAGCUGCUCCAGAUCUGAAAAUGUAUGUAAGUGUGUUGCAGUGUUGCAGUUUGAUGUAGACAGAAUGGGAGAACCUCUGUCAGUGUGGGCAGAGCACCCUCAUGUGGACAAAUGUUGCACCUCCUGGAAUCAAAUGUAAAUGUUUGAAUAUUAAUGUCAGUCGAAUAUAAAUCAGCAAAGUGUUUUUAAGUGUAUUUACAUCUUUUUUUCCAUAUCAUUACAAAUAUGCAGUAAACACCAACAGCUUUAAUUGAAAA